AUGGCCGUGCCACAGCUAGCCGCGGGGAAGGGCGCGGCAGCAGGCGGGGCAGUGGGGCUAUCAGGGCUGAAGGAACUUGAGUUCAUCUCGUCUGCCCUGGAAUCAUCUGUGCACCACUCAGGUAAGGGUGCGGGUAGGGGCGGUGCUUCUGGGAACCUGCCUCUCGAUCCUGCCUACACCUCCCAACCCACUCGCCAAGCCUCCUACCAAGCCUCUUACCAAGCCUCGGCAGCAGGUUUGGAGCGGCAAACCUCUGCAUCAGCAACGGCACCGGCAGCAGCAGGAAUCGCGUCCAGGCACUCGUUUGGAGCAGGAGGGGCGGCAGCAGCAGCAGCAGCCGCAGCUGCGAUUGCUACAGUGUCGGGGAGAUCUCGAGGGGAAAGUGUACCUGUAAUAGUGGUAGGGGCAGGAGCAGGAGUGCAUGGGAUGGGAUCAGAGCGAGGGAUGCAUGGAGCAGUAGCAGCAGCAGCACAUGGGUUACAUGCAACAGGAGCAGCAGCAGAAGCAGCUGUGGUUCAGAGCGUGAGAGAGGCCGGGGAUGCGGUGUUGAGGCGAGGAGUGGUGAUUGAGGAGGUGGGGGAUGGAAGGGAGAGAUAUGGGCGGCCGCUUUCAGCGAGUGAGGUGUCGCCACCUCGUGCUCGUGAAGGAGGACCUGGCGGUUAUCCACCAAGGAAGCUGAGGCAUGCUCGAUUUGGGGACUGA